AUGACAAAACAAUCCUCUUCGGUUUAUCCGAUCGCUGCGACUAAGUUUCCUGCUUCAACUCCUGCAAGUACUUCCUCCACAUCGCAUUCCUCAACUUAUCAGUCGGGACCGACUCCUUCACGCAUCAUUACAAGUUCGUCGAAAUCGAGCUUAAACAGCACCUUUACUGAUGGACCUGCCUCCACUGCUCCAAUUAUUAUGAAAGAGGCAAAUGAUAGAACUCCUUCACACACUCCAGCCACAAUAACUUACUCUGAUUCUACACUCGCUCCAACCAAAGCAUCUACAACGACUUUUGUGCCUACUAAUACGAAAGAACCCUCGUCCACCAUUUACACCUCCAUGGAACCGACGCAUGUGUUGCGUAAGCCGAAGAAGUCGCGCAGAUCAGCAGAGGUGCCCAGUAUACCGACAAUUAACGAACACCUCCCCAACCCUAAAUUCUUCACAUCUGGCGGAUUUGACUUGAUCCCGGGAAUUUCUGCGACUAUGCUUAUCGGCUUGGCAAUUGGGCUAAUGUGA